AUGGCUAACCCGGAGCCCAACAAUCAAGCUGCAGCGGUAGGUGUAAAAUUACCGGACUUCUGGAAGACGGACCCGGUCAUGUGGUUUGCUCAAGCUGAAUCGCAAUUCGCACCUGCCAAGAUUACCGUCGACGAGACAAAAUUUCACCAUAUUGUGGCAAAAGUUGACCAGUCUGUCAUUUGUCACAUUGCCGAUCUUGUUGCAACACCGCCCGCCGUAAACAAAUACAAUGCCGUAAAAACCCGACUGAUCGCUCGAUUCGCCCUUUCGCCGGAAAACAGGCUGGAACGCCUGCUCGGAACGCACGAUCUGGGGGAUCUACGUCCUACGCAUCUGUUGUAA